AUAGCAUGCAACAUAUAAUUGCAACAGAGUAUAAAUAUCCGAUAAUAAAUGUACCCUGAAAAUUAACUAUCAGUUAUAUAACUUGUAUUUACCCAACACCUCUGGAGUCUCGUUAUUCAUAAUGUCUAGACAUUAUAUACAUACAUAUAUGGUGUAAAUCACUUAUUUUCUGAACUAUAUCGUAUGGCAACGUCAUCAUCAAGCUGAUUUUGACAUUUAUAUAUUUUUAUUUACAUUUGCACUGUAUACAAAAAUAAAUCAUAAUCGCAUCACAUCUUAAAAUUGCACAGAAAUCGACAAAGAAAUAAAAGUAAGGGCCUGAAAGCUACGAACGCAUAGUAAUAAUUAUUAAUCUACAUACGUGGCUCCAGUGCAAAUACCACAUAAGAAGGGCAAAGCAGACAGUGCACAGUAAUCGCUAGAUCGAUAGCAAAGUUUCCAUGACAGCAGAGCCAUAACACUGCCGUAGUUUUGCAGAUUUUUUUUAUAACAAAACAGCAAGCAAAUUCACAAAUAGAUACACAACACCUACGCUUACGGCAUAAAAAUGUUUUUGUUCGACUGGAUGCUGCAACGUAUUUUGCCAGUGAUCUUCCUUUAUCUAAGGCCGUUCAUUAAAUGGUUUUUGCACACAUUCACGAGACUAUGUGAGCUGCAACGCAUUGUAUAUGGUGCACAAGCCGGUGCAAGUCGCACACGUCAAGUUGAACGGUCGUUAAUGCUAUCACAAAAUGUCGAUAUACAGCAAUUACUGCGCGAAUUGGAUACUGCAGUAGAGACAUGUAGUGAAGAUGAACUACGCCAAUUACCUGUACGCGCUGUUAGUGUAGUACAACGCGUAAAGCGCAUAAAAUCAAAAAUCCAUCCUGACUUUGCGCCUCUCUUUGGCACUUGUGUACUGCACAUAUGGAGUUAUCGACAUCUGCUACAUCAGGUAGAACAGUUACGUGCAGAGCCAUACGAUGCAAAUAACUUGGAUCACGAACAGAAGUUAUUAGAAUUGUGGAACCGUUUGAUGCCAGAAGAACCACUCGAAGGACGCAUCACAAAGCAAUGGCAGGAUAUUGGCUUUCAGGGUGACGAUCCCAAAACGGACUUUCGUGGUAUGGGUGUACUUGGUUUGGAAAAUCUUCUCUUCUUCUCACGUGAAUACCGUGACGCAGCACAUCACGUCCUGUUACAUUCGAAACAUCCUGUAUAUGGUUAUACAUUCGCCAUAGUGGGUAUUAAUCUCACCGCGAUGGCAUAUCGCUUGCUCAAGUCUGGUGAUGCUAAAGUACAUUUCUAUAAUGUGGCGAAUUCACUUAAUCAGGCCUGCUCGCUUAUACAUUUUCAUAAAUUUUACUGCUAUUUACUUUUCGAAUUCGACCGGUUCUGGUUAGAAUCGGAACCAACGAAUAUAAUGGAUUUCCGUGAAAUAUAUCAACGCUUUGAAAUAUUAAUCAUGGAAGCUUUACAUAAUGACAAAACACUAUUCAAAACGAAUCUCGUAGUGGAGGAUGUUUAAAAGGUGAGACAACAACGUUUUAGCUAAUAACUAUAUAAAAUCUACAAUGUACAAUUUAAAAGAAUGUAUGUAAAAAUAAGUAAAAUUCUAGCACUAUUAAUUAAAUAUAAUUGAAUAAAUGUUUAAAUGCAA